AUGGUGUUUCAGAGUUUUAGGAAGAAGAGAAGCGAAGAUUAUGAUACAUGGUCUGAAAGAUAUUGUAGUAAAAAGAGUGGAGAAGAUGAGGAUACAUGUUGUGAAGGUUGUUAUUGUAACAUGAGAAUAGAAGAUGCAGCGUUACGAGGUUGGAGGAAGAAGAGAAGAAGAGAUGAUGAUGUAUCACGUCUAAACGACGAUUUGUUAGAAGAAAUUAUGUUGAGGCUUCCGGUGAAAGCCCUAACUCGAUUUCAGGUCGUGUCUAAACACUGGAGGCGUAUGAUAAAUUCUAAAUAUUUCAAGGAUAGACACAUGUUGCAUCAGAAAACCACCCAAGAACCCAAGUUUCUCUGUCUCCAUGAAGCUUCCUUAGACCUUACUCUAACGACGAUGAGGUUGGACUGGUCUUCGACGUCUUGUCUAGUCGAAGAAGGCCCAGUCUAUCACAUUAAACCACAAAUCGAUCAAAUGCCAAGAGUUUCUGGUAGUUGCGACGGUCUUGUCUGCAUUUUCGACGAUCGCAGCCUUACAAGUCCAAUAGUUGUGGCCAACCCAGCCAUGGUACGUUCUCAAACCCUCCCUCUUUCCGAAUUUCAGCUACAGUGCUUAGAAGACAAGAAGAAUAGCGAAAAUAUAGAUGUACAUUUCCCAGGAUUUGGAAAAGAUGACGUUACGGGAACAUACAAACUAGUCUGGCUGCAUAACAACGAAAGAAACUACACCUUAUCAUGCGAAGUUUUCGAUUUUGAAGUCAAGAAAUGGAGGUACGUUAUGAAUACUCCUUGUGAUGUACAUGCAAACGAGGAACCAAUAUUUGCAAAAGGAUGGCUUUACUGGAUCAUUGAAAAUCGGACUUACGAGUAUAAGAUUCUUGGUUAUAAUAUUCACACUGAGAUGUUUAGAGUCUUUACCAAUAAGACUGUUUCCGAGGCAGCCUCUUUGUCUACAGUUACUAUGUGUACUCUAAGUGACCGUAUCUGGGUUACAAAUGACUUGGCAGAUGGUGAUGGUAUGCAACACUUUUGGAGGAUCAAAAACAUAUUGGAUUCCGAGUGGGAAUCGGAGAAGAUGUUCUUCAUAGACCCUAAGUUGAUAUCUCCUUGGUUUCCGGAUAUGUCAACAUUUUUGCCGUUCAUCACACUUAAGGCGACUUCCAACACUACAAGAAAAAAAAACUUCCGACGAAAAGAGAUUCCCGGAAAAUUCUCGUUGGACUCCUUGCACCGCCACAAUGCAUCUCCUUCCACCGCUCACUCCGCCUCCACGAUCACGGCCAGCUUCAUACCUUACAUCGGUACCAUCGCCAAUUACAUUGGCACCGUGCACCCUACACCGCCUCAGUCGCACUCGAGCCGGAACCGUCGCAAUCUGCACCGUCGCACUCUACGCCUGAGCCGUCGCCUCUACACCGGCACAGUAGCACUCUAA